CAGUUUACAACAUUCAGAGUUAGUGAAAGCAUGUAGGUACCGAUUGACGAUUGUUAGCAACUUUUCGCGUUGACCUUUUGUAAAAACAACAUGUGUCCAGUACUUAACAAGGGGACAUAAUCGCGGUGUAUAAGCGAAGGUGCUACAAUUUCGUGUCGAGGAGUUUCUAUAAUUAAAUUUGUGGAUGGAGUAAAAACUCCGAGCGAAUUUAAAAGUUGUGUAACUUAUUGUUUAAAUUCGCUUAUUGAACGUGCAAGUGAAAUGGUGUAAAACUGUAAACUAAUGCGGUUGAGAUAUGGCUUCCACAGCUGUAAGCAAUCACAGUGGGGCUGGUCCCCUAAGCCUAAUGUCGUGCGUGAGGGAAUCGUCACCCCAAGAAUCAAUUCCAGACAUCGAUAACGACAAAACAAUUGCAUCAAAGAAGAAAUUCUGGAAUCCCCGAAAAUGGUUUAAGCGGAAAACGAGUAAGGCGUCCGAAGAUAGUAUACCUACUAUCGACAAUUCGGAUACGGUCACCUCUGAAACGCUACGUAGCAGGUCUACUAGUGAAAUAUCGGAAACGGACGAUGCACAAAAACGAAGAAGCGGAACGCCCAUGCAUCCUGGAUUAAGCGUUUCGCACGACAGCAUCUUCCAUUCCCCAAAUUCGGGAUCGGAGCUGGAGCUGGAUGAAGCGCAGAGUUCGUCGUCUUUGUCGAUACACCAACCAACUCAAACCGAUCUCAGGCUACAGACAGAACUAAGUGAAAGGUUGCGAUUACGAAGAGGGCGUGGUGACACAAGCGAAGAUGAUGAAGGUCUUCCUCGCAGCCCCUGCUGCAGUUCUCCUACCGCAACUGAAGGACUUCUUGAAAAGACUGUUAAAAAUCACCCCACAAAAUCACAUAGUACUUGUAGCGAUGGAUCUCUUCUUAGUAUGUGUAGUUCCGAUAUCGAAGAUGAUUCCUUUGGACAGCAGUCGUCGAGGAAUUCGUCAAAAAUAUCAUUGUCCGAAAAAAAGGUAGCAGAUCAAGACUCUGAGUGGGAGUUGGGACCAAGCCAUGCAUCCGCACCCUUAAACCACAGCGCUGCACAUCAUCGAGUUUCAGUACGGCCGAAACGCACCCACGGAGCACCUAGGCGAAAUCGUAUACCACCUAUUAUGGGGAGCGCGCUUCCAACUACACCAGAGGUAAACGAGGAGGCGUCACUAAGAAGUGUUACGCCAGAGCUAUCCAAAGAGACAGUAACUGAGCUUUACAGUAGCAGCAUGAGCAAAAAUAGAACUGAAAUACAACUAAAAUGUUCCUCUUUACCUCCCGGCUUAGCUCCUCCAGGCAAUGAAAGCAACAAAUUAAGUCGUAGUCGGUCAAGCGCUAGCAGUAAAUCGCAAGACACAUUUGCCAUACUCGGCGAAGAGGAGGAAGAUAAAGACGAUAAGAAAUCGGACAAUUCAAUCUUCUCUCGGCUAUUUCCGCGGCGAAGCGCAAAGAAAAAGAAAGCAAAGUCCGACAAUGUUCUGACAUCGUACAAUAAGCAAGUUAUAACAGAAGCAGUGCCAGAGAAGCUAAAGUCUGGACCGGCCUCACGUCAACGAGUUCAACCGAUUGAUAUUCCGCCGUCGCCCGAUCAAACUCAUCGCGAUUUAGAAAAGAGCGGCACUUCUCCUCUACAAUUAGAAUUAGAAAACCAUUUACGGCAAAGAAUGACGCUUUCACUCUCCACUAGUCCACUUCCAUCUGUCGAUACUCCCCCGAAAUCGCCUAAAGUACAAGAACUUCGCGUACACCAAAACGUAUGGUCGGGAGAAACACGCGUCACCACCACACAAGUCGAAACAUUGGAAAUCUCUUCCAAAACGAGUGUCGAAGAGAAAAGCAAAAUUAAAGUAGUCGAAGAGAGCAAAAGUAAAAUGAAGAUAGCCGGUUUAUCUUCCCUGCAGCAGCGCGUGCUGCAAUUGAACGACGAGGAGAACUUCAAGUCGUUGACAGAUUUCAGUCAUAGUGAAGCGAAAAGCAGUCGGCAAAUUACGAAAUCUCAAAGCUUUCGAACGACAUUAAACGAAUCUAACGUUACAGAAAGUGCCACCGAUAAAGUGACGGUGGUUAAAACAAAUUCGGCGGAUAACGUCAAACACGUCGAAAUAGUUAAGGCGGAAUCCAGCGAAAGUUUAGAAUCUGUUUCCUCCGCGCAAACAAACUCGACGGAGUAUUUGGAUAGUCUCAAUCUAUCAAAUGGCAUUACCAUUUCGGGACCAAGCCAUACGUCUGUCGUUAGCGUCUCUAAAGCUGAAGAUAAAGUAAAAGCUCAGCCGAUUUUGGUGAAAACGGAGGAAGUGGUAAGCGAAGAGCAACAAGUGUCGAUCACGAAAAUUCAUGUCAAACGCGAGACUGUGCAGAGUGCAAAGGAGUCGACUCCCGAAUUCCUGAACGUGCAUUUAAAUAAAGUAGAGCAACAACCCGCUAGCAACGUUGUCUUAGUGGCCAAUUUGAGUAAAGCAGAGGUUGAGAAGCCGGUUUUCAACUUUGAUAAACCUCAAAUUGAGCAUCAUAAUAGCCAAGAUGAUAUCGACUUACCCUACAAAAGCGUGUCAACCCCUUCAACUCCAAACGUAAUUAUUACUUCCAUGACUCCUCCUCCAAUCUCGCGAAUGUUAAAAAAACCGCCAGAUGCUGCCCAAGUAAGAAAAACCUCCUUGGUCACAACGGAUGCGAAACCGAAGCUGAGUUUGCGCACAAAAUCGAAUAGUCUAGACAUCGUGGAUUCCUUAAAACAAGACGACUGUGGUCUGAUCAACCUGGACAAACCCAGAGUGUUAUCCACGACUGACCUUUCCGAUGCGACCGUGGUCAGGAGGAAGUCGCUAAUUAAACAGAAACAGGACGAAGAGCCGGAGCUGAUGAAGGUGUUCGCACGAAGGUCACUAAAAGUGAAGGACGGCGAGGAAUUAGCCCAGCAAGUCUUAACUAUGAUCGAGGACGAAAAGGCGAACAAAUCGAAGGAGUGCGACAAAGAAAAUCGGGUCGAUUGCGCGCCCGAGAAAAAAUCUGUAAAUAAAGAGCCGGAGAAACUCAAGGAACCGCUAACCGAAUCCAAAUACGUCGAGACAACCGAGGUGACCCUUCGAAAACCCGCCGUCAAUAAUAAGAUGUUCGCCUAUCAGCAAAGAACGAUCAGCUUGAACAUUCCGAAAGUGAACGAGAUUAACAAUACGGAGAAGGUACACAAGAAGAGUUUAUUUUCGGAUAGGCCUAAAACGGAAAUCGCAGAGAAGUUAUUGAAUAAGGCCUGGAUUACGACCGUCCGUAAAGAUAAGGACGUGGACAAUAACGAUGAGGUGAUUAAGAAAAUUUCCCGCGACAGUAUUAUUACGGAAAUCACGUCGAAGAGUGAUUUCAUUAAUGAAGAUUUUCCGGCCAUUCCGAAAAAUUUUAAUCAGAGGAAAGCCGAAUGGGAAAAAAGGGCGCAGGAAGCUCUUAAGAAGAACGUACCUUAGAGAUGUACUAUGGGAAGUCUAAAAUGGAAAUUUUCCCAAUUCAAAUCCCGUUGCUUGAGAAUAAAGUGAGCGAAAUAAUCGUCGAAUGGGGGUCUUUAUUCCGGUUGUAUAGUUUCCUGUUUUUAUUAUUGUGUUAUUAAUUGUAAAUAUCUAAUAUUGUAAUUACCGUCAACCCAUGAAUAUAGUUUAUGUAUAUUUUAGCAUUUGAAGUGAUCUUUUCAAUAUUGGUGCCAUGUGAUAUAAUCGGCAUUAAUAUUUAAUGGAAUUUAUUUGUAUAUUUUUUAUUGUUUAGUGUAUAAGUGCCUUUUUAAUUGUAAAAUUAAGUUUUGAUUUGUAAUUGAAAUUUUAUAACUUAAUAAUUUUAUGUUUGACCAAUGGAAAGCCUUGCGAGAGUGGUGCUUGUAAAAUCUACUUUU